CAAAACAACAAUCAAUGCUUAAGUGGACCAAACAACAACAAAAUCUUCAACUCUUUCAAACUCUUUCGCAACCUCAAUCCAACUCUCAACAUUCUCAAAACUCCUCCUCUACUAACAAACCUUUAGCAACUACCUCAAAACCUCGCAAUAAACGCUACACUACCAGCCAUACAACUUCAAGCCACCACAAUAUGCCCACUAUGACCCACACUUUGGAAAGACGUUUACACCGCCGCUCUCUGGACAAUCAUUUGGAUUCACCUUUAGACGAACGUCGUAGAGCUCGCCACUCAUUGACGGGCAAUCAUAAUAAGGAAAAUUUUGGGGUGCAUUUUAUGCGCAACUCUUUUGGCAAUACCAGUCUAACGGCUCUGCAUGAUCUCAGCAAUGGCAAGAGUCCUAGACGGUCCACUGAACAAACACCUCCAGUAAUGUUGAAUAUCAAGAGAUUUAAUACAGCCGCGGUAACUACUAUGGAAACGACUCCCACUAGGAAUGCAGAGGUGAGACCUAGAUUUUCGGAUGAUUUUGCGGCAGCAGAUGAUGUUACACCUUUGUCCAGACUGAAAUUUAGAAACAAAUUGAAAGAGGACUCUUUGUCCUCGUCCAGAAUGGGAGAUGUUACCUUGGAUAGAAUGUUGGAUGCCAUAAUCGAAAGUGCACGCAAAGAGGUGAAACCCAAGUGUCCACACAAAACCUUGGUGGAGGAUAAAAAUCAGGAAAAUGCCGCCAAUGAGGAGAGCAUACAUGAAAUGGAGGUGAGAACACCUCAGCAUUUGAAAAGACAAAGAGUGGUGAGAAGGAAAAACCCCAAAAAUACUGAAAAGAAAAAUAAAAAAGAAAAGCAGGCCAAAUCAUUGGACAAAAGUUUUGAGGAAAAUGGGAAAAUGGUAACAAGAAGAGAAACCGAAAUGAUAGGUUUGACUUUGCCCAAUGGCAUACCCAGUCCCGAGACACCAUUAUUCAAGAAUUCGCAAACCCAAAAGGCUUUAUUAAACAUGGAGACACCACCCCAACAUUUGGCCUUUGAGGUGGAAAAUGAUUUGCAAAGAUGUAGCACGCCCACUUUGGAAGAAGUGCCCUCAAUUAAGAGAUGCCUAAGUUUCUCCUGUAACAGUGAAGAGGAUGAGGAGGAAGAGGCUUAUCAGCAUUGUCACAAACGUACAUCGCUGGCUUCUAGCAUAGCCAGUUCCACACAGGAGCAAUUAAGUGGCAGUUCUUCUACCAUCUCAGCCAAUACAGUAAAAGGUUCUUUAGAUGUGGCCAUCUAUCAGGAACAGCAAUCGUUAAAUGUACAUGUUAUACGUUGCCGUGAUCUGCAGCGCAGCAAUGGAUCCUCUGCCCUUAAUGCUUAUGUCAAGGUGGCUUUGAUCCAGAAAUCUCAAACCGAACAUCAGGGCUUUCAACGCACCGCCGUACAUCGACACUCUAGUCGCCCCUAUUUUGAUCAUUGCUUCAAAUUCGAUUUAUCAGAUUUAACACAGGCCUUGGAUGAUCUGGACGAUGAUGAUCGUUUACAAAUGGCCGUAUGGCAUCGUGAUAGACAACAUAAACGCAGUGAAUUUUUAGGUUGUAUAUCAUUUCCAUUGUCCACUUUACUGCAGCAACAGGAAAUCAAUGGCUCCUAUAAAUUGCAAACCCAACAAUGUCUAAAUAAGCCACAGCCUGUUCUAAAUGUGCCACAGCAGCAACACUUACAGCAGCCACCACAACAGCAGACAUUAAACACCUUCACUUCAUUGGCAGGAGCAGCAGCAGCAGACCACAUAAAUCAUUAUUGCCAGCAACAGCCAGCAAAUAAUCAUUUUAUAUCGCCCACCACUCCACCCUCAUUGUCGUCUACAAUGGCCACCACCAUGACCCAAAUGCGUAAUACCGAUGAUGCUGUUAGCAUUGAUAGCAUGGCCACUGGUCAAAUGGGCACAGAACAGCAGCCCAUGAUACUCAGCAAAAAGGCCCUACAUCAACGUGAUGCCGAUGAAAAUCUUUUCUUAAGAUUUCUCGAACUAGAUCCACCAGCCACAGAUCCGCCACCAAGCCUGGGCACCCCGGUGGCGGGUAGAAGGCUGUCAAAUCCCAAGCCAUUAGGACGCACUCCCUUUACCAUGACCAAAAAGCUAACGCGUACAGCUGAGAGAGGUUUUGGCUUCUCCAUAGUGUGGACACAUCCACCCAGAGUGGAGAAAGUGGAGCCGGGCCUGUCGGCCGAUCGCUGUGGCAUCUAUCCUGGUGAUUAUGUGAUCUUUGUGGACAAACAUAAUGUGGUCACAAUGCCCGAGGCUGAUGUUCUAAAUCUUAUACGUUCCCAAGGUGCUACACUCACUUUGGAGAUUUUCAGAAGAUCAGGUUCUGGCACAAAUGCUGGUGCGGCUGGCAGCAGCAAUAAUACCACCACAACGGCCACUCAUCACUCAAUGGCCACCACAUUGCCCAUGAAUGGCAAAACCUCGCGAAUGGCUGCUAGCGGUACCAGUAUCAAUAAUCCCGUAGAUGAGAUAAUGAGCGUUACGGUAAUGGCUGGUGGUAAUGUGAAGCAACAAAUGAUGGCGCCCCAAAACCCUCGACCUUCGACAGCAUGUUCGGUGAAUACAACCUCGUCAUUGGAGGCCGCCAAGAGAAGAUUGAAUUUACCUCAGGUUACGUUUAGUAAAGAGAGCAUUGUCCCCAUCACCGACAACCGGCGACGUUUCAUGCUACAACUGAUUAGCCGAGAACAGAAUUUCAUGUCAGCCAUACACUUUGGCAUGCAGCGUUUUGUACAGCCAUUACAAGAACGCAAAGAUCUCAUAACGCCCAAUGAUCAUCGAACACUAUUUCAAAAUAUGGAUGAACUUUUACGAAUAUCCGAAGAUGUGCUGGAGCAAUUGUGUCACGAUGAUCAAGAGCCACAAAUGAAUUUUGCCUCCCGGGUGUAUUUAUCCAAGACAACAGCCAUCUGUGCGGCCUAUAAGAAGUAUUGUAAUGGUAUUAAAAGAGCGGAUUGUGUGUUGGUCAACAAAUCCCGUCAAACUGGUUCUGAAUUUGUGAACUUCAUUACCGAACCGCCAGUGCCUCGUAAACGUCCCGAUCUAACCAUGUUUAUACACCGUCCUCUGCAGCAUUUUCGUGAGAUCUUAAAACUCAUGCAACUAUUGGCCUCCAAUUGUCAUGUGGACACGGAAGAGCAUAAAAACUUUAACAGCGUCAUCAAUGAGCUGCAGGCUGCCUAUCGUGAGAUAACCGUUACCAGUGGCCUAAUGGAGCCACUGGGCGAGGGCAGACCUUUAUUGACACUGCAGGAUUUAGAGUCAAGAAUGGUGUUCACCAAAUGCAAGCCGUUUACUUUGGCUGUGCAGGGCCGUCAAUGGAUAUUUGGUGGCGAUUUGUCGCGUGUAGAGGGCCGUUCGGUGAAACCCUAUUGGACUUUGCUGUUUAGUGAUAUUAUAGUGUUUGCAAAAGUUAGUCGAGAUCGCGUUUUGUUCAUUACCGAGGAGCCCAUACCCAUAGCGAAUAUUGUGGAUUCGUGUUUUCAUAUGAGAAAAAAGACUACAGAGUUCCGCCUUACUGUAGAUCCCAAUGGUCGUUUAGCUGAAAGUCCCACCGGUUAUUGUGCGCCCGAUUUGACUAAGACCCCCAAAAAGGGGGCCAGACGCAAGAGUUUAGUGCUAAGAGCUCCCUCAUUGGAACUGAAAGCUGUUUGGCAGAAUCUAUUGCAAAGACAAAUAUUCCUAGUUAAUGCCGCCCUGGGCUCAACACCACUCUCCAGUCCCCUUGACUCACCCGAUGUCCUCAAUACCCUGGUGCCGCUUAGUGACAUUGGCAUUGCCUCGGCCUCCAUAGGUUCCAUUAAACUCUCCUCCAUGGACAGCAUCAACAUGAAGAAUCAGCAGCAUCAUCAUAACCAACAACAACAACAACAACAGAACAAUCGCUUGUCCAGCAAUGUCUCCGAGCAAAUCGAAAAACUGAUUGAUGAGAAAUGCCGUAUACUCAACAAAACUGGCACUCCCAAGUCCAGUGCUCUGCACUUGGCCAACUGGAUGAAGGGCCAAUUGGAUAAACAGCAGGAACAGGCCCGCCUAGCAGUGGCCCAUUCCUUAACCAGUGAACCAUCACCGCCGCCUGAUCAUGCGGACACAGAUGAUGCUGCUACCUAUCAGGACAAUGAUCAUGAUGAGCGUAUCACCUAUUGGACACGCCAGCAGUUGGAGAAACGUACUAAGGAAUUGAAUUUGGCCAAAGAGAAUGGCCACUUUUCGGUAAAGCCUAAUUUUGGUGGUAAACGUUUGAGUGGUGUGGAUGAGUUGAGCAUGAGUGAUGUGUCGUUUUCGGAGGGGGUUAGUCAGAUCAGUCAGUCUCAUAGUACGACCUCGGAUAGUCAGAUCACCGUACGUUCUAGUCCCAUUGUAUUAGAUAAAUUAGCCGUUUGUCGUCAUUGUCAUAAAAAUUGCCAACAACAGCAACAGCUACAAAAUGCCAGUCCUACAUCACAACAUCAAUCAAAAAACCAUACGGACGCGGGAGAGGACAAAACGAAAUGUCCUCUGGCGACAGCCUCAGCACUCAUCUGUCACUCGCUAAAGGUACAACAUAGUCAAUCAUCACCGCAGCGCUGUUGCAAUGUCAAUGGUGGCGGCGGCAGUAGUAAUAGUCGAGCCAGUAGUGUCACUAGCAUAUCAUCUGGUACGGUAACGGGUGAGAAACCCGGCGAUCAUCCAGCCGCUAGUAGUAGUAAAUGUGAUGUAGCCGAUACGGAAAGUGAUGUGGCGCAAUUAAUCUCCGAUGAUGUUUAUCAAUCAGAGGCCACGGAUGAUGGGAAUAUGGGCGGCAAUACAACCAGCAGCAGUAUCAGCAGCUGUGGAGUCGAGGAAGCUCGAAGAAGAAUCACCGACAGCAUCCAUAAAUUACGAAUUCUAGAUGAACACAAUGAGGCGGCCAUUUUAAUGAAUGGCCACUGUACGAAACAGGAGAGUGAGGAGAGAGAGCAAUUUAAGCCAGAACCGCCGCCUCGAAAGUUUUCCAUAAUACAGCCACAAAAAGCCAAAGCCAUCGAGCAGGAGGAAAAGGCCAAUGAAAUGGUAAAGAUGAGCGUUACCAUAACGGAAACCGCCAAAAUAGUUAUAGUGGAGGAUACCAAAGUGAUAGUUACGCCUACCAAGGCUCCCAGAUCACCCAAAUCCCCCAAGUCUCCGAAGUCACCCAAGACACCCUUAACACCGAAAUCGGGUAGGUCGAACACAAGCAGCAAUAAAUCCCAACAAUUUGUGGCCUGCACUUGCAAAUGUUUACCGGAAGACUUUGCCAACACCACACUCAGUCCCGAGGAGGUGGAAUUGAAAACCUGCAAAAUGCUAGAAUCACCCAAACAAUCUCCCAAAAUGCCAAGAUCUCAUGGAGAGGAGCAGGAGAUUAAAAACUCCAGCGAAGAUCCUCACAAAUAUUGUAAAUGCACUUGUGAUAAAACUAUAAAGGAGAACUUGAAUACCAGGCAGGACAAGGAAGAUGAUGAUCUGUCUUUAAUGUUAAUUGGUUUGGCCCAAUUGACGCCAGCAGCCAAACUGUUAAAUAUGAAGACGCCCACGGCACCCUUGCCUACACCCACCCAGAAUUUCGCUGCUUAUGCAGAGAAUGGUUUUGUGCCUACCAUCGCCAUAGUGCCCGCCACACCAGAUUCGGUGCUUACCAAGACCAGCACCAAUGUUUGGGAUAAUACCACCAGCCAUGUUACUACCAGCACGGCCACCGCCAAUCUAAUCAGUCUGGCACCCAGGCAAGCAGUUAUAGAGAAUAUACCGGAAGAUUCUUGUGAUGAAUCGCCCAUAGAUGAGGAGCCUCCCUACAGGCCCAUGUCCAGCUCUUUAAGGCGUUUUGGCACCAUGUCCAGCUUGGAGCGUUUACCCUCCGAAGAUCGUUUGGAAGACUAUGAUGAUGAAGAGGAUGAAGACGAUAUUGAUGAUGACGAUGAGGUGGAUGAUGAAGAUGAAGAGCUAAUGGACAAGGCUAGGGCAGAUAAUAUAGAAUUGGAUAAUGAAAUAAGAGUGGUUACCAAGGCUAUUUAUGAAAACUCCGAGGAGGCAGGAUCCUCGAAUAAUUUAAAUGGCAAUGCCUGGACCAGUCGUGCCUCUACAUUUGUGUCGGGUAAAAUGUCUUUCUUUGAAGAGUCCCGAGCCUUUAUAGACAAAUAUUUGGGCAGAUGGAAUCAGGAGCAAGCCAAUGUGGGUAGUAAUGGCAUAACCUCAGAUCCGGAAGAGCAAAUGGAUGAGUGUACCUCAGGAGCCACCUCGGGGGAGGAGGUGUGGGGCACACCCACCAGUGGUGGCGACAAUGAUGAUUUACAUUUGGCCAAUUCGGAAAAUACACAAUCGUCUCCCACCAAAUCCAGCAAUUCCUUAAAUGAUGACGAUGACACUGAGCUAAUGAUGGAUGAACUUUUAAUGGCUCCUCCCAUGUCGGCCAGCACCAUACGCGGUCUAUUACCACGGCGACGCCUAGAACCCCUAUUUGAGGAGGAAACGGAAAGUGAUGAGGAAAAGACACAACAGGAAAGUGAAGAAUUGAAAAAGGGGGAAACAACGACAAAUGGCCACUAUUUAGAGGAUUCGGAAGCUGGAAGUUCCAGCGAGGAGGUGGAAGAGGAGGAGGAAGGGGAGGAGGAGGAGGAUAUGGUGAAUACAGCGGACUACGACGAGGAGGACGAGGAUCUGACCUCGACGGAGGAGAGACUACAACCGAAUUUACAAACCAGCAGCUUGGGUCCACGGCCGCUAAGUCAUCCUCAAACCAUACUACCGCCAGCCGUACUGAAGGCCUCAUCCUGCGAGUACCUACUGGAUCAGCCAGUUAUUCCUUUAGUCACACCAGCAGCCAGCACGAAACCCACAAGUUCUUUGGCCACUACUAUCCCCGCCACAGCAACAACGAGUUUACACAGCUCCUCCAAAACCCUGGUAGUAAUCUCAGCCUCAACCACAUUAAUGAUGACAGCAACGACAUCAUUGACCACCAGCAGCCCUCAGCAGCUGCAGCAGCAGACCAUGACAACGACUUGUUCUUUGAUGGACUCAACAAUAGUACAGACAACACCGAGUCUGGCUCCCUUGUUGGCAUCUACAACAAUCAGCAACGUGAGCGCCACUAUCAAGAAAGACAACGGCGUCUGCAAGGAAGAGGAGAAGAAGACAGCCAAAACCUUAAUACGACCAGCGAAAUUUAUACCACCUCCACCGCCGCCACGCCGUCUGUUAUUGACUCAAACAAAUCUAAAGACCAGUGGUCCAACAGCAAAACCCUUAAAACAGCUCCCGCUUCCACAAAAUUCUGGCGUUUCUGCUGACGUUGGCUUUUCAGUGGUUGCCAAAGACGUCGGCGACGUUUGCGACGCUCCCACACAAAAUACCAGCGCACCUCCUUGCACAGCAACGACAACGACGACAACGACCACGAAGACGAGGACAGUGAUGACGACGCCGAUGAUGACCUCAAUGAAACCCACGAAAAUCCCCCAACCCAUCGAGGAUGUUUACAAUAUCAAAAGGUAUUCAGCAGCAAUCGCCUGCAAAACCGAAACUGUGUCACCCUCAACGAAAGCACGACCCUCGUCAACAAUAAUCGAGACCUCGCUGCUGGGCUCGGCGGAAGCAGACAGCAGCCGAAACCCGCUCUACAACUCAUCAACAAUAGUUUCGACGAUGAAGGAGAAGUCAACACCAACAGCAACAGCAACGAAGAACAAAGAUCAGCAGCAGCUGCCGCCAGAGAAGAAGGACAAAGUUCACAAUGUGAAGGAGAAGCAGCAGGAACAACAGCAAUCUCUACGGCAAGAGGCCGCUAUAGACAAAGAUUCGAAAUCGGCUUGUGCACAGCCCGCCGUAGCUGGCUCGGGUUUAAGUCCUCGCCUGGAGAUGCGUUUGGCACUCAAUCACGAUAUACUGGGCGACGAAGACUUGAUAAGCUACGAUCCUGGACCCGAUCUAACAACUAUUCUGGGGCACGACCUCUCCACCUUUCAACGACGGACGGGUCGCGAUUUAUUGAAUCGCUCAGCAACGAAUCGUGUGCAACCAAAAGAGGCUGUCAUAUCGUUCUCUCAACAGCGAAACUCGAAGAUGGAUACACCCACAGUGAAUCGACGGCCACGACCUCAACUCAACAACGGCAGCAACAUCCCAAUCAGCAGCAACAAUUGCAACACCACCAGCAGUCCGGCCUCGUCAAUGCCUUUCGUUGGCUCGGCACGUGUCGGCGGCGUUCCACAACACCUGCAGCCAAAUCGAAAUACAUGGAGCAGUUCUGCAUCUGUGGAUCGCAACAGAGACGGGAGCGUCAGCGACGCAAGCAACAGCAAAAAUAUCAACUACAACAGAGACGACAGCAAAUUAAGCGAUCUAGAGAUCUUAGCGAGACGCGAGAAGAUAUACUGCAUGUCUCAAUUGAGGAGUGGCUCACAAGUCAAGAUGGGGACGAAGAUGAUGACGAUGACGACGACGAAGAGCAGCAAUUUCUACCACAACAACAAUCCUCUGACGAGGACGACGAGUACUACUUCGAUGGGCGUUGCGACUGAGAUUGAUAUUAGACAUACGCCAAAAAUGGCACACAGGCAACGUAAAAUAGGGCGUGAUGAAUCCGCCUUAAUGGAUACGGGAAAGGCUAAUAAAUUAAUAAAUUUUAUUAAACGUCGCAAUUCGGAAAAUCCCUCAACCGCCAAUAACUCACAAACCUCGCUUAAUGAUUCAAAUGCCAGUAGCACACCGCAGCACACAAAAAUACCCAUGUCACCAAGAAAAGAUAAUGACAAACCCUCCUUAAAUCGCCGUUUAUGGAAACAAAUAACCAAACGUCGUCGCUCAAAUUCUGUCUCAGAACUUGUGGCCUCUUAAGGUGUCUUGGUAUCUUUCAACACAAAUUUUGUGCACCAUUAUUUUCUGUAUGUG